AAUAAUGCUGGAAUCAUAAUUAGGUCUCUUUAGAAAGAAAGCCGGCAACCACAGCUGUCCACUAUAAGGGCCCCGCAUUUAAAAAAUGCCAUUCCACCACAAGUUCCUCAUGCUCCUUUUAUUGUUAUACUCCUAAUCUUUAUCAACAAUAUAUAAAGAUCAUCAUCUUCCCCAUUCAAUCCCAACACAACAAAUACUUUUCUUUCCUUCAAUUGGUCAACGAGCUUCCAUAUAAUAUCUCUCUCCGAUCGGAGCAAAGAUGGUUUCGCCGGAAAAAGUUGAUUCCGGCAAGUUUCACGGCGGCAGGUCCAACUUCUCGCAAACGUGCACCCUUCUCAGCCAGUACUUGAAGGAGAGGGGCAACUUCGGUGGCCUCACCCUUAACCUGAACCCUAAUUUUCCUGAAACCCCCAAAGGGACUGUGAAUCUAUUGCCAAAGAUUGAGCAACCGGAUCAGAAUCCGAGUGAGCCGAAACCAGAAAAGGAAAUUGGGCAGAUGACGAUAUUUUACGCGGGCCAGGUGAUAGUGCUCGACGACAUUCCGGCGGACAAGGCCAAGGAGAUCAUCAAUUUAGCCACCAGCUAUCCCUCCGCAGCUGCCGUGAAACCCCACGCUCCUCAGCUGCCGCCUCUUGGAUCUGAUUUACCAAUUGCGAGGAAGAAUUCACUAGCCCGGUUUUUGGAGAAGAGGAAAGAUAGGAUCACCGGAACUGCGCCGUACCAAGCUAGCAAACCGGCGGUGAAGGCGGAGCCAUGGCUGGAAAUGGGCUCUCAAUACCCGCUCCAAAUUCAGCGCCAUUAGUGUUUCAGAUCCAUCAGAAUUUCUUUUUUCUAAUUAAAUUGUUGUAUUGUAUUUUAUUAUUCCAGAUCUGACAGAUCCCUUACUCAAAAGAAAAGGGGAAACAAUGAUCAGAAGUUUCCCAAAAUUCCCGAUCAAAAAAAAAGAAGUUUCCCAAAAUCUGAUCUUUAUGUAUGUGUGUGUGUGUGUGUGUGUGUGUGGUGAUAGUGUAUUUUCAUUCAUGUGUUUGUCUUUGAUGAUACGAAUUUGUAUUUUUCUA